AACCCAACCCAACAAGAACCAAUCAAAUGUAUGAUAGAUUAGGUAGGCAAGGUUGGUUUGAUAGUCUCAUAAUAAUUCUCUGGUAGAGAUCAAGAGUGAAAAGUGCAAGAAAGAAGAUGGAGGCGGCAGCAAUUUCUGGCAGCAGAGGAAUUUGCUUCCUAUAUUCUUCUCCUAAUGGAAAGAGAACUCUUCUUAAUAGAUCCAUGGCUGCCCAGAAGCCAGUGCCAUCAGCUGCCAAAACUGUUAGCUCUAGAAAGAACUCAACAGUGUUUCCCCUUGGUGAGAAAGGCCCCAGGAAUAGCCCAUUGGUAACCUCACCUCCAAUCAAGCUGCUAACAAGGGUAGAGGAACUGAAGCUGCUGAGCAAAGCUGAGAAAGCAGGGUUGCUAUCUGCAGCGGAGAAGUUUGGUUUAUCUUUGUCAACGAUAGAGAAACUGGGUCUCCUCUCUAAGGCAGAGGAAUUGGGAGUUCUCUCAGCCGCAACAGACCCAGGGACUCCAGGGGCCUUGUUCAGCCUUAGCUUGGGAUUGUUGCUUUUGGGUCCUUCUUGUGUUUAUCUUGUGCCUGAGGAUUACCCUUGGGAGAUUGUAUUGCAGGUUGCUGUUGCUCUGGUAUCUGUUGUUGGUGGAUCUGCAGCUUUUGCUGCCUCAAAUCUUGUAUCCAACUUGCAGAAAUCAAAAUAAACUCCAAACAAUUCUUAGUUCU